AUGAACAAUGCCGACCAGACGGAGGCGGUGCUGAUGGAAUUUGUGGCUGCACGCAGGCGCGAGAAUGGCGAUCCUAUAUUCCAGCUGAAUUGGUGCCAGCAACAUGAAUUCGACCCAAACUUUAUGUUGGCUGCCAAAUUUAUCAUGGAUGUUGGGCAAAAACAACACUAA